UCAGCAGGUGUGGUGGCUGCUGAAGGUUGAAGUAGACAGACUUUAAGAGUUGAACAUGGCCGACUGAAGUUCAGCAGGACAGAAAACCACAUUAAACAGCCGACUGAACAAACGGUGAAGAAAUGAGAUUUAAAUAAAAGAAAAGAAAACUUCUGGACAGAAACUCUCAUCGUUACACUCAGAGCUCCUCUCUUCCUCCUCCUCAUCAUGCCUACCAUCCGUGCACCAACAAAUUCCUCUCAUUCACCAAAUUCCACCAUUCACCCCAUCACCAUCCUCUCCACCACCUCCACCCACACUAACACCACCCUCAACCCGGCCGCUGCCUUCGUCAAUGACCUGCUGGACCAGAUCCCCCUGCCUCGAUGGGCGAUUUACACCAUCUUUGCGGGCGGUGGUCUGCUGAUUCUGAUCUGCUGUCUGUGUAUCUGCGUCAAGUGCUGCUGCAAGGGGAAGAAGAAGCGGCAGAAGAAGAACGAGAAGAUCAAUCUGAAUGACGUGAACGGAAAAACCACCACAGCUCUGGUUCAGCCAGAUGUGGCGGAUGUGGACUACGGCUCGACCAAACAGCAGAGAGGAAAGCUGCUCUACUCUCUGGAGUACAACGGCGCCCAGUCUGAGCUUACAGUUGGGAUCAAACAAGCCAACAGCCUGAAGGCCAUGGACCUGGGAGGAAACUCGGACCCGUACGUCAAAGUCUACAUCUGCCCCGACAAAUCCAAAACCUGCGAGACCAAAGUGUUCAGUCACACUCUGAACCCCGUCUUCAACGAACAAUUCAGCUUCCAGAUAUCCAAGUCCUCCCUCCUGCAGUCGACGGUGGUGAUGCAGGUGUUUGACUUCAACAGAUUCUCCAAACAUAAAAUCAUCGGUGAGCUGAGGGUGCAGCUCUGCGACGUCGACUGGAACCACGUCAUCGAGGAGUGGCAGGACCUCGCCGAGCCCGCCAAGUUUGAGGAUGAAAACUUGGGGGAGAUCUGCUUCUCUCUGCGUUACGUUCCCUCUGCCGGCAAACUGACUGUGGUGAUCCUGGAGGCCAAAGACCUGAAGAGCAUGGACAUCGGAGGAAGUUCAGAUCCUUACGUGAAGGUGCAGUUGGCUCUGGACAAGAGAAAGUGGAAGAAAAGGAAGACGUCUAUUAAAAAGAAGACGCUGAACCCUUAUUACAACGAGUCCUUCACCUUCAACGUGUCAUUUGAACAAAUCCAGAAGGUGAACCUGGUGAUCUCGGUGUGGGACCACGACGCCAUGACCCGGAACGACUCCAUAGGGAAGAUCUUCCUGGGCUGCGACGCCUCGGGGAACCAGCUGAGACACUGGGCCGACAUGUUGUCCAACCCGCGGCGGCCGGUUGCUCAGUGGCAUAACCUGCUGUCGGCCGAGCAGGUCAACUCCACCCUGACCCUGAAAAAGAAGAUACCCCUUGUCGACAAACUGCCCUUCUGAUGGGAAACGAUGGUGGUCCUGUCCAACAUGGAAACAUUUCAAAUACAUCAGUAUGAGGAGAUUUAAAUACUGUGUAAAGAUCAUUUCUCAGAUGCUCUUCUGGGAUGGAAAUUAUUAAAUGUAUCAGAUUGAUUACUUUGUAUUUUACAUUUAAGAUUAAGAAUUAUAUUUUGAUAUCAAAUUUAAGUUAUGAAUCAUACUUUAAUUUCAAACCUGAGCACUUUUCCCUGUAUGAAUUGUAUCAUACACAACAAAUUUCAUCCCUCAAACUUAUGAUAACAUUCUGCAGUUUGCUGUAAUACAUAUUAAACAUAUGUUAUCUCAUGUAA